GCAGCUGCGUUCGGACAGGACCGCUCAGUUCAGUUCCUGGUGGGAAAAACUAGACGACAUUUAACCGCUCAGGCUUUGUCCUCUUCUGUUUAGAUGGGAUUUUGACGUCUUUGAAGUGAGGAUGUAACCAGAGACUUCUACAGUCUGCUACUUUGAGACAGAAGCGAAAUGUUUUCAACCAACAUGGAAACAAAAAGAGUGGAGAUCCCCUCCAGCGUACUGGAUGAUCUGUGCAGCCGGUUCAUCCUUCACAUCCCCAGUGAGGAGCGGGACAAUGCUAUCAGAGUGUGCUUCCAGAUUGAGCUGGCCCAUUGGUUCUACCUGGACUUCUGCAUGCAGAACACUCCAGGAGCACCUCACUGCGGGAUCAGAGACUUUGCCAAAGCUGUUUUCCAUCAUUGUCCUUUUUUGUUGCCUCACGGAGAAGAUGUGCAGAAAGUUCUCGAGCAGUGGAAGGAGUACAAGAUGGGUGUACCAACGUAUGGUGCAAUUAUUCUAGACGAGUCACUGGAGAAUGUAUUACUUGUUCAGGGCUACCUUGCAAAAUCUGGCUGGGGCUUUCCAAAAGGGAAAGUGAACGAAGAUGAAGCUCCCCAUGACUGCGCAGUUCGUGAAGUUUUGGAGGAAACAGGCUUUGAUAUCAAGAAUCGCAUUUGUAAGGACAUGUACAUCGAACAGAAGAUCACUGACCAGUUGGUGCGGCUCUAUAUCAUACCAGGAGUGUCCAAGGAUACAAAGUUUAACCCGAAAACAAGAAAAGAGAUCAGAAAUAUUGAAUGGUUUCCUGUUGAGAAGCUGCCCUGUCACCGAAAUGACAUGACCCCAAAGUCUAAACUUGGACUUGCCCCGAACAGGUUUUUCAUGGCCAUUCCAUUCAUGAGGCCACUGAGAGAAUGGAUUGGCCGGCUGAAAGGUGACUCGGACAGCGAUGAAGACUUGACAAAUAACAGAACUACUCCAUCCAAACCUUUAGACAACAUCCGGUCAAAAUCUCGCUACGUCACAGGUACUUAUGCAUUUCCUGGAGAGAGCUGGACCAAACACAAGCAGCAGAAAACUCCAGGAAACCUGAGCCAGAAUGAACUCAACCAGAAAGCUGUUUUGAAAGGCAGUGGGAAGAAAGGCCAGGACUCUCCUUGUGUCAAGAAAGGAGCUGGUGACAUCAGCAACCAGCAGCAGAAAGAAGAUAAAAAGCCUCAACCUAGAAGACUACAGGAUAUGUUUGAGAAAGAUGUGUCUUCAAACAGCUCCAGUUAUUUACCAGCUGAUGACCGAUACUUGGGACAUUUUUUGUCUUCCAAGGCGUUUCUGAACUUCAAAUUUGACAGAGAAGCCAUCAUGAGAUGUUUUGAUUACUGACAUUGCUGAUCAUCAUCACCAUCAAGCUUUAGGCUCGAGAGACUUUUUUAAUCUCGCAGUUCAAAUUUCUGAGCAUGAUUUUUUUUGUCUUGGUUGUUGCAAAGGCACACUUACAAAAAAACAUCCUCCAAAUUCGAGCGACUAGGCGGAGGACGGUUUGUGGUACUUUGCCUUUGUUUCCCCACUUUUUAGACCUUUGAAAGUGACUUAAUGUAAUCUUUAGUCCUGAUGUGACUUUACUGAGAUAAAGUCUGAAGGAAACUAGACAAAUGUAAAAGGAGAGGGCUGUUCAAGUUACCCAGAAGGCCACAACAUUCAUCAUGUUGAGAAGAAAAUCGAUUUUUAAACCUAUAUUUGGUGACGGUAAAGAGUUAAAUCUAAAAGAAGCCUAAUAGUAAAAGUGAAUUUGGUCAGUUAAAUGUUAAUUGUCACAUCAGGAUUUUAAGAUUUAAUAAGCUUUAAAUUAAUUUUCUCAAAUGAUUUCCGAGCUUGUAAAUGUAAAUAAUGUGAAUUUAUUGAUAGAUUUGAGCCUGUUUGCAAAAAAUACAACCUAUUUACUAAUUAUAUAAUACAGAACACAAUGCUAUUUUUUAUUUAUUUUUUGUUAUUUCACUGUUAUCGUUUUAAAAAUACAAAUCUUAUCUAUACAAUUGUUUCUCCACAGUCAGUUUUACUUCACAAGGUAAUUGUGUCUGAUUCACAUCUACAAACUCCAGACUCAUCUGUGAAUAUUAAUUUAGUCUUAAAAUAUUAACUUUAAUCUGAGCCUCAUUUGUUAUACUUUUUAUGUUAUGAUUGUUGGUUGGAUUUGGCUUUUAACUGUGUUUUUGUCUUUAUUAUUGACAUCGCAUUAGACUUUUGGGAGAAGCAGAAUGUAAUGUUACAUUUUGAAUAUUAGUAAAUUAAGAACAAGCUUUUUUUACAUCUCAAACUGAAUGUUGUUAAAUUCAUGAAUCACUGUUGUAUGAAAGCAUAUGAUUUGUAAUGUUAACAUUUAAAUUAAUACAAAAAAUAUGUUUAAAAGUCCUAAAAAAUAUUUUCAGAAAAUACAAAAACAGGCUAAGUUGCAAACAGACGAGGCUGAAUGGUGAUUGGAUUUUAGGAUUUCUAGUUAUGAACAUCUUUUAAUAGUCAGUAUUAGAUUUGGAAUUUGAGUUUAUGGCUUUCAGUUUUACAAAAUAUCACAAAAUAACUGAAAACCGUAUUUAAAAAAAUGAAUAUUUUGUGCGCACACACAAUAAAGACCAACUAUAUACAUUAAACUAAAUAGUCCAGCUUUCAAAUGUAUCUUGUCCUAUAGUGACAUAAUCAACACAUUUCUGUGCAUUUGUGAAGGCUUUGUCUCAGAAGACAAAACAUUUAUGGGUUUAAAUUUAACAAAAGUUAUUUUUCAUGUUUUUCAUGACCCAGUCUGUGACCUUGAUGGAAGAGGAAGCGUAACCAUCAGAUACCAUGAGUGUAAAAAGUCAAACAAAAAACAGAUUUCUUUUAAAGGCCAGACAGGAUUGAAGAAAGGAAGAUGUUUGUAGAUGUUUCAAAGGGGACUUUGUAAAAUAUUUGUUUCAUUUGUUCUUUGUAAUAGAUUUUACAGAUGAUAAUGUCAAAUUGCACUUGGUUUUCGCUGUGUUUUUACUUUGUAUGUGAAUCCUAAUAAAGUGUUGUUGUUUACUCUCAA